CCUCCAUCUUCAACAUCACAACCUCCUUCGUGUCAAUAUGCGAUCAUACGCCGAUUUGUCAGCCAUGUUGGGUACCAUUAGUCGCCUUCCGUCACAUGUAGUCAUGCGCGAGGCUUCAGACCCAAAUCAUGUCAACUAUCGUUACUGGCAACUCGUCCAAGAGAUGGCCAAGAUUGUGCAGUCCAUCGGUCCUCCCAGGGGAUCUUCAUCGCCUAUCGGGCGCCUGCCCACCGAAAUCCUCACUCAAAUUUUCCUUUACUGCAUCCCAGAAGACGCAAACUGGACGCCCGCGCCAGAUCUAGCCCCCAUGCAGUUGACUGCAGUAUGUCAACGAUGGCGGGAGAUUGCUGUGAACAUACCGAAUUUAUGGCGCAGGCUGCGAUUGGAAAUGGGGCACGGUGACUGGCAGCAGAGAGCUUUCUGCUAUGACUCCUACCUCAAGCGAUCACGGGGACGUCAACUGUCGUUGACACUCGAGUGUGAGAACAAUAACUGGACAGAGCUACGAAGCCUGCUCCAGCCAUACGUCGUCCAAAUAUCCUCGCUGCAUGUUGGAUUAUUCUCCGGUGCCAGCUCCUUUCCACUGGUGCUGGCGGACUUCGGCGGACUCGAGGAGCUGGUUAUAUACACGGACGGUUUUGGUCCUGUACCAGCUGUACCAGCUGUCGCGCACAUCGCGCACUCCAUCACGCAUUUGCCGCCCAACAUGCGCAGUCUCAGGUUAUUGGACACGAGGCUUGACUUCCAGGUGUUAUCGAGCCUCGAUUCUUCCUCAUGGGCCGGUCUCACAAAUCUUGAGAUUGUGGUAGAGGGACUAGUUUCCUUACCCUGCUUGCUCCGUCUUUGUCCCAAUCUUUCGUCGUUGACGAUGAUUGGAAUAUUCAUGGCGGCGCUCGAGACCUCCGGAAAUUUGGCGCACACCAAACUUCAGUCCUUGCGCAUUUCCGGCGAUUUACCUAUGAACACCGUCUUUUUUGGACUUCUUGGGCUAUUCGACAAAGUCACCCUCCCGAAUCUACGCAUCGUCGAAGUUCGCAAUAUAGGACGAUGGGCUCACGGAGAAUUCAAGGCGUUGAUAACACGGUCACAGUGUCCUCUAGAAAGCUUGAUCUUCAGCGGUGGAGUGAGGACGACUCCUCAGCAACUAGCAGAAUAUGUCACUCUUUUCCCAUCCCUCAAAUUAGUGAUAGAUCCUACGCGUUCCUCGCUUUUCCAAUAGACUGGGACAGUUUAUGUACAUAGUUAACGAAAUUAUGCUCACAUGAUUAUGCUGUAUGUAGCCUAUACUUACUCAUUGC